UGGAAACAGGCAUGCAGGCAGUCGACCACUGCAAAGUGUUGAGCGCGGGACAGAGCGGGUUGAGCCCACAGUACUCCUCAUCUGUCCAAGAGAAGAACCCCAAAACCUCUGCUGUGAGGGCGCUCCCACUCAUCCCAUCCAAUAAUGUGAAAAUCAGACGGAAAGGACUGUCAGAUGUUUAAACUCAUCGUCGCUUCAUCAUACUUCAGUGCCGUCUGUUUUCACCACUGUCACACAGUUUACAGUCAGCUUACAGUAGGAUAUCCACGAGGAUACCUGGUGUGAGAUGCGGCAAUGUUCCGAGGAGUAUGCCCACGCGUGAACUCUUGCGGAUCCUUUUGGAUUUUGUCGCUGGUCGUGUUUGCGGUGAGCGUGAUCGGCGUGGACGCGUACAGCUGUCAUGAAGUGAGGACCGCUUUCCAGCUGCGGCAGGUCGGGCCGCUGCACCGCGUACCGGAGACACCUGGCACAGAUGUGGAUCUGUUGGUUUGUAAGCACCAAGGUCCAUCAUGUUGCACCCGGAAGAUGGAGGAGAGCUACCAGUUCGCUGUAAAACGAGAAACCCUCCACAACAUUCACUCCUACAGCUAUGAGCUGGAGCACCUCAUCUCUGGCCACUCAGAUGCCUUUCAGGACAUGUUCCAGUACCUUCUAUCCUUCUCUCAAGGCCACCUGAGUUCAUUACUGGAGGGAAGCUACUCAUCUCUCUCUCGCCAUGCCCUGCCUCAUGUAAAUCAGCUCUUCUCCUCACUCUCCCUCUACCUCCGUGGGGCCAAUGUCUCUGUGGAGGCAGCAGUUCACCAGUUUUUUAACAAUAUCUUUCCACUUGCGUAUACACGGCUUAUCAAUCCAGGCAUUGAAGGAAGCAUGAUGAUGGGCAGUGAAAUGAGUGACUGUCUUCGUAUGAUCAGGCAGGAUGUCAACCCCUUUGGGCCUCACCCAGCUGUCAUGGCCCAGGAGCUGGCUGGGGCACUGGGAGCUGGACGGCAACUAGGUCUGGCCCUGGAGGAAGGUCUAGAGGUCAUGAACGCCACCGAACAUGCCAGCCUGAGCAAAGAGUGUGUUAAGGGCCUAGUGAAGAUGGUUUACUGCUCCCACUGCAGAGGUUUGACGCUGAUCAAACCCUGUGUGGGCUACUGUCUGAAUGUAAUGCGAGGGUGCUUGGCCAGUGUGUCCGAGCUGGAUCAGCCUUGGAGGAGGUAUACCAGCUUAUUGGAACAACUAACCCAAGCCAUGGCUGGGCACCACAGCUUGGAAUUAGCCCUGCUCGGGGUCAGGGGCCACGUUAAUGAGGCCUUGCUCUAUGCACAGCUCCAUGGACCACUCAUCACUGCCACGGUGGACAAGGUGUGUGGCCUGUCUACAGGGGAACCUACAAGCAUGCAGCCUACAAGCCCAGAGGUCACAACCUCUAGCAUGACCUCAUCUUCUCCUCUUCCAUCUGCCGCCCCCUCCCGCCCUUUACCAGAGCAGUGGCCAGCGCAGUUAGCCCACUUAAGAAGCUCAUUCCCCCUGAAACCCUCCAAGAACAAUAAACAUAGUCUGAGAACGCUCUCUAGGGAGUUCUUGAUGCACUUGCAGCGCUAUAAGUCCUUCUUUGCGGCAUUGCCAGAGAUGCUGUGUGAAGGCGAGAACGUAGUGGACGACUCCACUUGUUGGAGCGGAGAUGGUGUGGUGGAAAGCUACACAGGCAGAGUUGUAGGAAAUGGUCUCCAUGCCCAGAGGCAAAACCCGGAAGUCAAAGUUCGCAGUGUGGACCCUGCAGUGGCUGAGGUCAAAGAGAGGUUGGAGCACUUCAACCAGGAGACCCAGGAGAAGUUCCCAAAACUGGGGCAGAUGGAGGCUUGGGAUGAGCUGGGCAGUGGGGAAACAGAGGAGGGCAGCACUACAGACUGUGAUGAUGAAGAUGGCUGUCAGUCCUCAGGAGACGGUCAAGAAAAGAACUUACAUAAAGAAACCUCUAGUGAAGGAAAGCCAAUUGGGAGACAGCCUGGAGGUAAAAGCCCACAAGAGAACCCCUCUAAGCCCCCCUCGGUGAGGGUGAUAGGAGGCUCGCCAUCUGCCAGCUGGGCGCGACCCUGGAGCCUCGCGCUGCUUCUUUCUGGACUUUGCUUGCAGUGGAUCCUGUUCUGAUGCCAGCAGCGUCUGUGAAUCAAGCCUCACCCAUGACCCUUUAGGAACCUACAUGCACACAGACAUUCAUAUCAUUUACAUAUCACAAAUAUAAUCCUUACUCCUGUCCUCAGCCUACACGGAUGGACGGUAAUGAAGGAACAGUACAAAUGGAGAGCAGGGCAGGGCGUGGACAGCGUUCUAGGAGACUAGAUGGGGGGGGCUAUUGCAGGAACCUGUCGUCCUGCAGCAUCACCCGUGUGGGUGUUUGCACAAGCUGAUUCCAUAUACGCUCAUCUUUAAAGAUUAAGCUUGCUGAUUCCACUAUGCUGUUUGACAUGUUUGUGUAUACAAACACAAAUAAAGCCAUACAGCUCCUCGCUUCACUCACACAAACGCAGCCCUUGUGAUUCAGAAUGGGACUGUACCUUUCUGAUUUUACUUAAGAACACUUACAAAUAUAAACAAUCACUUACAUGCAUUUUACAUACACCAGAACAGCUGUCUUCUUUUUCUGCUGCUGGUUUUUACUUAUCUGCUCAAGCUCCAAACCUCAUCACUGCACUGCACCAUUUGCCAGCCAGCCAGAAGAAUUCAGCUCGUUUGAAAACUCAACUCAUUUCUUUUUGAGGAUUAAGGAAUGCAUGAUAGACUGAUAGAUCAGUCCCAGGUGCCUGGCCCAGAACAGCAGAUUUGAUAUACUCUAAUGACUGUGUACCUUGGCAGGGAUUAGAAUGUAAUGCGUUCGCAGGUACGGCACAGGCACACUUGCACGGCUGAACAUAUUGUGCAGAUAAACUAGGUGUGUAUAGUAUGUAAUUGUACAUAGGUGGAAAGGAUUUGAGGGAGCGUAUGAGGUUCUGAUCCUGAAAAAGCUCCUAUCUGAUUGAGCUGAUUGGGUUUUUCUUUUUAUUUCUGUUAACUAUGAAUGGGCUAUGCUUCUCUGCUCCAUACUACACAGAAAACAAUGCAAAAAAACAAAAAACAAAAAAAAAACAACAACUAAAGAGUUUUAAUGUCUGUCAAAAAUAAAGCAGGAAUGUAUAUUAUUUUCCAACUCAAGCCCAUGACAUAAAUGGACAAUAUUGGACAUUUGAACAAAGUCUGUACAUUGUUGAUUUUACUAAUGUUUAUUGUGCAUCCAGUUUUGUGUGUUUGCUUGUUGACUUGCACAUUAAUGCAUGUAUAAACUACAAACAUAUCAAAUUAUCAUGAUAGAAUUGGGUCCUUCUGCAGAAAGCAAAACUAACAACAUAUAUUUUAAAACGUCUCCCAUCAUUUUUCACUGAUGGCAUGACAUUGAGUUUUGCCAUUCUCUUCUAAAUGGCGGUUUGGAAAUUGAACAAAAAAUCAGUUACUUCUACAAUAGCAUCCUCUGUGUACUAGUUGUAUUUCUUGUAUAGGUGAGGAUGUUAUAUCUACUCAUACUAGCACAGAUGAGUACCUGUGUGAAUGGGGAUGAUGAAUGUAUGGUCAGCACUAUGCAGAUGCAGUACAGAAGCUGACUAUGCCCUUACAGUAUACAGUAUCUAAGCUAAACAGGUCUAUAGAUUACAUUCAUAUACGUACAAUUACACUUUAAAGCCCUGCAGUUAAUGGAAAGUGGAGAUGACCACAGCAAUGUAAGAUUUUGGCAGUUUAAAUGGGCCACCUUUUGUGUUCUGUAACUACAUUUGUUUGUUUUCCUCCAUAUAUGUGUUGCUCCAGACAGCGUUCAAUGCACCCACUGAUCUCUUACAGUCCUAUACCCUCGCAUGUGUAUAAAUGUACAUAUUUUACAUCA